UUAGAGCAUUUUUCAUAGCGCUCAGGCUCAAGCAGAAAAGGCAAGUUCCUCGGGAAAUACUCCUUUGGAAUUUUUUUAGAAGAGACAGGACUGGACAAAGAAAAAAUAGUAAGAAAAGGGUCAGAAAAGCGACAAAUCCGAGGUAAGCUCUUUGAAAGCAACUUUGCAACAAAGCUAUUUAAAAGCUAAAAGUAACAAGUUAGUGACUUUUGGAGGUUUCUUUCAAAUUUUUGGUUGAUUAUAGAAAAAAGAAAGAAACGUAUUUUAAGCACAAUGGGCCAGUUUAGCCAGGUUUAAUGAAUAACAAAACCUCGUUCUAGGCCAUUUUCAGUUUACCGAACGCUUAAUUUAAGUAGCAUUUAUCGUGAACAAUUUCAUGAACGUAUAUGGCUUAGACUAGAAAAUCAUUUGUCUCCUUAAAACAAGCCUCUAAGGACUGAGAGAUCUGGACGUCCAAAGAUUUCCUAAACCGCGGUCCAAGUUAGACUUCGUUUCAUCAGAAACAGUUUCUGUUUUUAUGAAGUCGUAGAGUGAGUUAAAGAUUUGAUUUGCACUCUUUGACCAGUGCUAGUGUUUGCGAUUUUUUUUCUUCGCUUUGCACAUUCUAGUAUUCAUGUUUAUCGAAAAGAUGCUUUAGAAAAGAUUUACUGAAAGAACAACUUGAGUUGUUUUUUAAGCUGCCUUUGUCAGCGGCGACGACAGUUUUUUUUUCAUUUUAAGCUUAGAAGCUUCUGUUUUGUCAUAAUUUUCAUAGCUUACUUGAAGGAGACGAGAUGGCAACUGCCCAGGCGAUGAGAGAGCAAGAAAAGACAGUUAGUGUAAGCCUUUCAUACAAAGAGAAACUAUGUCUACAUUUCGUAAUGUUUCUUUGAAAAUUAUCCACAGAAAUACUUUGUUACUGUGACCGGGAGAGACUGAAACCUACUACUUAUUCAAAAUGGUGGUUAACUUGCAACAAGAGAGAAUGCUUGCAAACAAACGCAAAAAACUCAUGAUUGAAAAAUAUUUUGCUAUUUUAUUCCUAGUGGUCAAGUAUUUUUCCUUCUCAACAAGUGACAGAGCAACAAUCAGCUUUGUUUGUGAAGAAGCUUCUUGCAGUUGCGGUAAGUACAGAGGAACAGAGCACCAAAGGUCUUUAAUUUGAUUUCUUAAAUUCUGAUUUCUGAACCACCUUUUAUUUACAUUUGUUUUCAGGUUUCGAGUAUAACUUAUCUCAGGUAAGAAUAACUUGUUGUUUUUAUUGUCUAUUAUUUUAUUAAAAUUGGUUAUUGUAUGGCUCCGUUUCUUACGGAGCAAAGUACAGCUGAAAGUAGGUUAAGUUUUACUGGAAAUAGUAGACUUGGUAAUUUCUUAUAGCUGGUGUGUCUGUUUUUUUCUUUUUCCGAUAGAACCAUAUUUCCAGAACAUGCGUUUGGAGACAGAUGUUUAGAAGGUACCAGUCAUCACUCAGCUUAGUGAACUAUAGUCACUGAACGUGGAACCACUUUUUAACCUCAACUUAUUAAUAUUGAAUGCAUACUGACAUCCAACGUUAAAAAUACUCAGUGAUAGGGUUCUAUCAGUUGGCUAAGACAUUUUUUUGUGCUUUUGAUGCAGAUCUGAAUUUGAAAAUCCUUAAAGAUGACAGUGCUUGCCCAGGUGCAUGCCAAGUAAUACAGUGGUGAGGAUAAAUAGAUAUUUUUUCGGACACACACAAUGCGGCUGUGUAAUAUGCAAACUUGUCCAGCUUAUAAUAUAAUUUCACUAGGCCAGGCAAAGACUCUGGCAGCAUUUUUUAGUAUCAAUUGAUAAAGACUGGUAGCAUAUAAAUCCAACAAAGUGUUAAAAUUUCUUGCAACUACUGAAGAGUUUUGCUGGACAUGUAUAUUGAGUGUGUGGUUGUUAAUAGAUCUGAAUUAUAUGAUCAUAAACCCGUGACCACAUCAUAAGGAUUCAACACACCUAGGUCUUUUACCUUGCCUAGUAAGCCUACAUUUUUCCAACUCGAUUGACUUAUACCUCUGUAGUUACUAUAGCUGCCCUGCAAGUCAGCCUCAAAUACCUUCAACAUCAUUAUUUAUGUAUUGUCUUCAGUUUAUGGCAACUUUGUGCUCGUCCAAUUUUAGAAUCACUUGUAUGAUUUCAGACCAAGUAGCACUCCACUCAGUUCAAUUACCAUUAUAAAUAGAUAUUUAACGAGUGGAUAUCAUAAUCCACCUUUUUAACAACUCACCACUUUUGUACAGACUUUAACGCUUGCAGCUGAUUCACUGAAGUCACACUUAUGCAUUCUAUAUUUUUUGAUAAAUAAAUACAUAUUAUCAGUGGUAAUGUUAUUGUAUGUUUUUAUAUUUUCUGUUAAACAGGAUAAAAGGUUGCUUUGAUGCUCUUGAUAAGAAAUAUGUAAGUUUUUACUGAUGUUUUAGUUAAUAAUUCAAAGAGCUCAUAACCUGAUCCUUAGUCCAUGCAACAGCAUUUUCACAGAUCAGGGCCGGGUUGUUCAAAGCAGGGUUAAGAUAACCUAAGGUUAGUGCAAAAUUUGAAUUUAGAGAUGAAAGCUUAAAAAGGCAAAUUCAGUUUUAUCCUUUUUACCUACAAUUUAAUGAUUGGAUGCUCUAAAAAGAAUAGAGAAAAUUAUGCGGGAAAAUGCUUUUGAACAAUACAAAAAAAGAAACCCAGGUUAAAAUUUAACCCUUAGUUAGUGCUAAUCGGCCUUCGAACAACUGGGCCCAGUUAAUUUUUCACAUAAUUUUUUAAGUCCCUUUUUUUGUGGAAGUAAAAGCACCAUGCAGUGCAAGUCAUGGUAUGAUGAUAACAAAAAGAAAAAGUAGAUGCAUCAGAAAUAGCCUCCAGUUGCAUGGGCACAACAGAUCAGGGUUGCUUGCUCUGGAUUAUGGGCUCCUGACAAUGCCUUGUAACAGUUUGCAAAAUUAGGAACUUAUGCAAAGUCUUAUAAUAUUCUUUUCUCUUGCCCUUGCAGCUCCGGAUGAUAGUAAUCGGUGUAAGUAUUAAUUUGCAUAAGGUCAACUCUGCCCUCUGUCUGAUUUGAAGUUUGUAGAAUUAAGUGAAAUUUGAGUGCUUAUUUUGUUUGAAACAGAUUUAUGGUGACGCAGAGGACCCUGAUGUGAGUAAUACCUUUCUAUUGUACUUGAUGAUAAUAACAAAGAAUAAUGUGUCACUAGAUUUCACAGAAAAUAUAGCAAUAGCAGAGAUAUGAUUGUGUUUCUUUUUGAGGAAACAUAACAGUAUACAUUAAGGCUUUCAAGUUCUGACAGGUGUGGCUUUAAGUUAUCUUAUUUUGAUGAAUUUAUAAUGGUAUUUUUUUUCUUUUAACAUGUAGACUGUUAUAGAGUCCUACACAUUCAAGGUAAGAUCUGUCUUAACUUAUACAGUCUAACCUCUAGCUCCUUACGGACAUCUCUAUAAUACGGACACCUCUCUAUUAUGGACAGUUUUUUUGGUCCCAGAAAUGCCAAAAAUCAUACAUUCCCUACCUCUGUAAAGCGGACACUUGGUUCUGUCCCUUUGAUGCCCAUAUUGGCCAUUUGCACUAAAAGGUCAUGUGACAUUAUUUUUAUGAAAAUGAAAGUAAUACGAUUUUGCCUUCAAAAAGCCAUUAGUGGGUCAUAUCUCAUAUAAUAGUGAUUUAGUUUUUCAAACCCACACAAUUUUCUUGAAAUGAGUCAGUUCAUAGCUGGUCACGUGACCAAACUGUAAUUUUUAAAACUAUGAAUUACUUCUUUCUGAACAGAAAUUUUGCGCUUAAACUUCAAGGAAAUUGUUGAAAAGAUGAUGUGGUAACGUUUUCAGCACUUCUGAGCGUAAUUAUCAAACGUUUAACAAGAUACAAGCAAAAAGUAGUUUUGGCCGUCUUGUUGGAGGGCAAGAGUAUGCCCUCCAACAUGGCGACCAAUACAAAUCGUACUACUUUGAAGUCGUACUACUUCAUACUACUCUACUUUAAAUCAUACUACUACCACUUUCAUACUACAGUCAACUCUCUCUAAGACGGACACCUUUGGGACCAGUACUAUGUGUCUGUCUUAGAAAGAAGUCCGUCUUAUAGAGAGUCAAAUAAGAGGAGUAAAGAAAAGCAGGGACCAACUCCAGGUGUCCGUUUUACAGAGGUGUCUGUCUUAUAGAGGUGUCCGUUAAGAGAGAGUUGACUGUACAACUUGUCUCUUUCGCUCAGAAACAGUGAUAUACAUUGAAAUGCUGACGCAUACUGUUGAAUUGUUUGAAAAUAUGCAUUUCUAUUGCACGUACUCAAUCAAACCGAAAAUACUGUCAAUGCUGGGUACUGGUUACUUUCUGAAAAUCGCAAAAAUUUAUUCCCAGAAAGAAAAACCAAUCUCUCCUGAUCGCAAAAAUUGGUUCCCGCAAAACAACAACAAAAAAAAACACCAAUCCGAAAAAAAAAAAGAAACUCUCGCAAAAAUUUCGUGCCACGCGGUAUUAUCCAACCAUCUUGAUAGAACAAGCUUGGUCAGUGACGCAUAAGGCGUGCUCCCUAAGUCAUCUUCUCAGUUCUGCUUUUAGCUAUAAAAGUGCGCGUAAUUGCCAGGCUUUUGUAUAACAGAUAUGAUAUUUUUGCCUCUACGUGAACGUCUUUGAGUUGUACAAACACUUUGUAAUUCUUAACAACACUAGAGAAGUGGUUGAGGCACUUGCUUCUCUAGCAAUUUUAUUGUGUUCUUGAAUUUCCCGCGUGUAUAUAUAACCAGAAGCAUAUCAUGAACCCUGUUCAGGUUUUAUGCUGUCGGUGAAGAAUUAAACUCAAUUAUUGCUCUAUUUUCUUCCAUAGUUUUCUUACAUGGACAAGGAAGUCAGUAUCUUCAGGUAUUUUAAAUAAUAUUGCUUUUAAAAAAACGUCCGUGGUGUUGUUGUUGUUUUUUAUUUUUUCAAAAUAAAAAGUGCGUCAAGGCCUUAAUUGCUUUUGUUCUUUCUUGUGCUUAGGAAUGGAAAUAAAAUCGCAAGUGCCCACACGGAAAGGGAUACUAAAAAGGCAACAAUACGCUUGCUAAGGUAUGUCUUUUCCUUACAUCCCGUUUUAGUCUUUUAGUGGAUUCGUACAUGGCCAGGAAAAAUUUGUUUAAAAGCUCCUGAGUAAACUAUAAAAGCAACGGACAAUCUUUACAAUGUCAAUGAUUGAAACAGUAAAUGGCCAUGGUUAGUACAGCCAAAAGAAUUGGAAAGCAAGAGCCAUUGUUGGAAAGUGAUUGAAGGAAUAAUUGCAUUUUCCUUACAGAACGAUCAUUCUCCUCAGUCAAACUCUGUCCUCACUGCCAGGUAAGUCCCAAUGCUUUUUUCAAAUAAAAAAAACCCGCAUGCCAUAGACCAACUCUUUUGUUCAAAGUAGUAAGAAACUGAAAGAUAAGUUUCCAUAAUUUUUUGUUCUGAUUAGACCUAACAACGUAGCCAAUGACCUAAAACAAUAGAAAGCAAUACAGUAACUAAAUACAAAUGUCCCUUACAUGCCAAUGGUACGCUGAUUUUGUGUUUUCAGUGUGACUGUUAUAGUUAUCACAGAUUUUAAGAACCUCAUGCUUUUUUUAGAUGAUGUAAUGAUGACAAUGAAAUUACUGUACUAUGACGAGGGUGAGUAAAACUGUCUGGCGCUGGCUUUCCUUGUGGGUUGUAUGUUACAUUUGUAGAUGUUUGAGUAGCACUUUUUCCUUAUGGAUAUAUCGUUAUUACUGUGAAGGCCCUUCGCAUCGACCACACCGUUAUCCCGACCAACCCUUGGAUUGGCCUCGUUCAUCAAACGAUAAAUCAAAUGGUCAUGCUUGGUGUCUGAAUGAAAAGUAAUGAUUAACCCAACGUAUCGCCUUUUAUCUUAAUUUAUAUAAGUUCGCAAUUUUGCAUUAAACUAACGGUGAUAUAUGUGAUAUCAGAAAGAUAGUAAGAACACUGAAGAAUAAAAUCAGACUUUUCACUCGGUCAUAAAGGCUAUAAGUGUCGUAAUAUGACGCAAACCUGUUGAUAUGACCAAAUUUUCAUGGUCCCUCGCUGGUUAAGUGUUCUGCCGGGUAUACUACAGGAGCUAUGGGCUAUUAUCUUUCUUCUUUUUAAUGAUAACAUUCACUGUUACGUAUAGUCCCCAUUGUAUUAUUUAGUUAUCAACAACAACAAUUCUAACGUCAGUGUGUUGUUUACUAGUUACUCCCCCUGAUUAUGAACCACCAGGUUUCAAGGUAUUUAUGCAUUUGACAUGUAUUUCACUUAUAUUCAUAUGUAAAUUGUUCGUACUAAAUACUAUUUUUUUAAAUUUUCAUUUAGCACACGUCGAACGAUGCGUUCAAUUUCGUAGACGAGCCUUUGAAUAUUAAAGUUGGAGAUGUAUCAACGGUAUGUUGUUUUCAGGGAUUCAGAAUAUUAACAAACGUUCUCGAAACUGGGGGCAGCUAACAUCGCCUUCAGAUUUCAGGAUGUAUUUUCUAGGUAAAACCUCCUACUGUCGAACCUCUCCAGGACCGUCGAGAGGUUAUUUUGACAGUUAGGGACACGAUGUAGUGCCGGCGUUGCCGUUGUAGAGAGGUUUAAACAAGAGUCAAUGUAUGGACUGUCCGCUGGGACAAAAAAGUGGCCGUUGUGGAGAGGUGGCUGUUAGUUAAGAUUCGACUGUAGUUGGUUAUGCCACGAAGAUAACAUUGUUAAAACAGAAUUUUUUUCCUUAUACUUACAGUUAUGCUAGUGUGACUAAUUGUAAGCAAUACUGUCUGGGUAUCUUUGUACUGUUUUAUCCCUAACACUAAUUUCUCUUUCUUUCUUUCAUGUGUUUUUCUGGUUUUGAAACAUCUGCAGCCAUUUCAUACGUAAGUACUUAAGUUAAAACGAAAUAAGUCGUGUCAGUAUCAUGAGAUCUACUACACUACUUCAGCCAGUGUUAGAUUAUACCCUUUCUACCUUUACAGAGUAAAGCUGCGUAUUAAAACGGACUGCCAGCAGUUUGACAUGAAAGAGGACGUCAUUGCGGAAAAUCACAAACAAGCCGAUAACAUUGGCCUGGAACCUGUAGGCAGUCCUUCAAAUGAAAUUAAUUCACCACAUCUCUCUCCCGAGCAAGCUAAUCAAACUAAGGUAUUGCUGAUUAUUUUAUGUCGAUCAGAAGUGUUUUGAACAGGCUUACUCCAGUUAUUAUGAAACGUCUUGUUUAUUCAUCUAUAUCCAGGUCAACUAGGAUGAGAGACUGCUGAGACUGAUAGUAACAAAUGAAGUAGGCAUACGCGUGUGUGCGAGUUUCUCUGGUAUAUGACUGACUGUAAAAUUAAUUUUGAUUUGCAGAACAUUGAUUGCUAUAACCAGCUUUUGUUUUAUGUUUGUCGGCAAAGCCAGUCGACAGCCUUGAUAUCUGAAAUGAUCAUGAUAGUCGCAUCAUAUCUCACUUAUGAGCUCUAAACAUUGGUAAUACUAGUGGCUUCAUGUUCGUUUAGCUUUAUACGAGAAUGAUCCUUUUAUUUUCCUUUUUAGUCACCAGUUGAGAAUGACCAGGAAAAAGGAGGUAUUACAGAAAAGAAGGGAGGUAAUAGCACUACUUAUUGUACUUUGAUCUCGUUCACUGUCGUGGUGGUUAGAUUUUUUUUAUUUUGUGCGAUAAAGCUCUAAGAGAAGGGUAUAGGAGGGGGAAGCCUUCCUCCCCUCCUCCCCCUGAAUCGAGACUUUCUAAAAAAUAAGAGGCGAUUUUUUAUCCUUGUUUUAGAAAUGGAAGAUAUGGAUUGCGACCAAGUGCAUGCAGGUAUAACAUGUUGCAUGCUUCUUCUUAUCCGCUUUUGCUUAGUUGUUUAUUAUUUUUUGUAUGACGUUUAUGAUUGACAGUUAAAAUUCGUAGCGUCGAUCAUUGUUUAAACAGUUUAACAUAUUCUUUUCAUCAAACAAACCCAACAGAUCAGCCAGCAGAGGAUAUCGAGCAGGAAAACCGAGUCAAGUGCCCCUGCGGAGAUGAUGAGGUAUGACAGACGUUUAAAGACUACUUCUUUCUUGGCCUUGCACAAUAUAUUUUUUCAAUUGACAAGUCUCUGUGACCGCGUAUAUCAGAGGGAGAACAAAUGUUUUUCUUUUAUGACUGUGUAAUGCUGCGGCAAAGUCCUCCGACGAUAAUACAUUUCAGAGAGCCUUGGGACAGGCGCCUUUUCAUGGUUGGCAAUCAAUAAUAUCCUUCCCCUGCCUCCUCACUCACUCGACUGGUAAAAAACCUUGCACUGGUAAGGUUUUGGGUUAAUAUGGUACGGUUUUAUGCUUCGGCUCCAACUCUGAUAACUUGAUUAAGGUAGAACUUUUCCAACUUAGGAUGAAGGCUUGAUGAUACUCUGUGGAGUUUGUGCUACCUGGCAGCACGCUGUGUGUUUCGAUGUCUUAAAGCAGGAAGAGGCGCCACAAUUUCACAUUUGUGUUGAUUGUGCGAAGGUAAGACUCUCUACGAAGGUUGAACGUUGUUGCCUUUUGUUUAGCAAGUAUCUUCAACGUUUAACAUAGUCUAUCUUUUUGCCUUUGUUUAGGGUGAAUACAGUGGUAAAUGUACGGAUCUUUCUUUGGCGAACCUUAACAAUAUUGCCCUACAGGUGAAAAAAUAUAUAUAUAUUUUUAUAUAUAUUAAACUUGUAAUUAGUUCUCUUUUUGUCUCUUUAACCAGUGUAAAGUACCAUUAUUCUUAUCUACUGUCGGCCAUAAGGGUAGUGCACGUGUUCAAUAAUCAUCCAGUGCCGGACUGUUCUUUCACUUUUAAAUUAAAAUGUGCUGUAGUAACUAUGACUAAAUGCGCUUUGCCAACGGAUACAGGGGUCUGCCAGUGGCUUGUACUGACAACUCUUCGCAAUUUCUCUAGCACGAGUAGGUGGUUGAGUGUGCUACCAAAUGGAGUAUAAGCGGCAUACGAGUGAAAAAGACUAGCAGUGCACCUUUAUUUUAUAUUUCUGGUCCAACAUUUAGUUUUAACCGUUGUAUAUUUAUGUUUAUGUUUUUUAAAUGAACCGGUUGUAUCAAAUGUUAGGCUACUUGUCUGUGGAGAAGAACCUUACUUGCCUGUAGAGAGUUGAACAGGAUACUGCCCACUACUUUGGCACGCUCCCUCAGUGAGUAAAUACUCAGUUAUUACAACUAUUCUAGUUUAAUUGGAUUAAACAAACUUUUUAAUCACUGUAAAAAUUGAUACUCAUUCACUGAUGACGCUUUUAGAUAUAGAAAUGAGCACCGCACAAGGUCUGGUUAAACGCUUGGAGAAAGAAGGAUAUAUAAGAAGCACUCUAAAAGGAAAGAGGUAACUAUCAUUACUUCAGAGUGUGUCAUUCAUGUUCUGGCCUGUUACAGGGAAGUAAUCCCUUGACAUCCCUGCGGGCCUGUAAAGUAUACGUGGGACCCCGCGUCUUCGGUGAUGUGAAAGCCCCGAUGAAACGCGCCCUAACAAAAGCACGAGAGCAUAUAAGCUGCGUCUUUUAACAGUAUAAUAUUUUCAAUUGAUUAGUCGAAGUUUGUUCGCUUUUCAGGCUUGGAAAAGUUGUCAACAAAAAGAAACUGCAGUCAGAGGGCUUCCAGAAGUACUUCAGAAAAAGAAGUGCAGAACCAGAAUCUGCUAAGCCUUCACAAGCGGCUGUUCAACAAGAAAAAAAAGCAGUGGAUGUGGUAUGUACAACUAACUAGAGUAGUCUCAUUAAACAUGUCAUAAUCUUUCUCAAUGGUUCAUGUUAUUUUAAACGGUCUGAUUACAACAACGUCGUUUCUGUUUAAUGACAGGUGGAGAACAUAACUCAGCAGUGUGCCAAGAUGGAUGUAUCCGGAAAAAAGCAGUUGUCCAAGAAGGUGAUUCGUCUAUAAGCUUCUCCUCCGUCUUUUUUCUCUCUUUUUCCGAGAGUAAUAGACUGUGCGGCAGGCGUAGAAAGGGGUAGGGGAGAAGGAGAAAGCGGCGGGGGAUUUAACUCUUUCCCCUUACCUACCCCUCCCCUUUUUACGCCUGCCACGCAGGUUAGGAGAGUGACUAGCAACGGACUUGCCAUGCCAUUGGUUCUUGACGGUAGGCUUCUUUAGAGUCUUAUCCAAAAAAGGAAAGGAUAAAACAAGAUGGUUGUCUUUAUCUGUUUUUAGCAAUGUAAGCGCUGAUUCUAAGAUCGAAAGGAACGAAACAUUUCGAACAAUUUGAAACUUGUACAUGGAACAUUAUAGGUAAAAUCCAGACUUGCAUGUAGGCAAACAACGUGAUGUAACUGGAAAACAAAAAACUAUAUAUUUAAAAAAAUCAGCCUGGCUGAUUUUCAUUUUUUAAUUUAUUUAUGUUUUAAUUUAGUUAGCGAAAAAGCAAGGAGAGCCAAGAAGUGUCAAGAGAGCUAUAUCAUUGAAAGAUGAGGUCAGUAUGAUUUUCUAACAAACAAGAGAAGAAACUUGAUUCAAAUAGAAGCAUAUUUAUGAGCAACAAAUGUUUUUCCUUUCCACGUCUUUCAGGCAACAGAGUUUGAAAUUUCUGACAGUCAGGAACAGGGUUUUGACGACCUUCCAUUAUCCAAAAGAAGAAAAGCAAGCAUUGCAAGGAGUCCAAUUCUAGUUUGA